AAUGCCAUAUAAAUUUUUAUAAAAAGAUGGAUUUAUUUAUUUUAUCAAAAUCUACUACUAGUCAAGCUAUCUUUCAAAUUUCAAUAUAGGAAUUUGUCUUUGUGUUAAUGCAAGAAACAUAUUAUUCGUCGUUAUCAUGUGAGUUGUGACUCGCUUUCAUCACCAUAGUUAUCAAUAGCGGCGUGAACCGAAUCCCAAAGACUCUUCUGCUCCUUCCAACUCCAUUCACAAUUCAACUCAGGACACAGUACUCUAUCGAAGAAGACAAAAGAGAAAAGAAAUAACAAUUCUUGUUCCAUUUCAGCUCUGUUCUUGUUCUACACACAGAGCUUCUACAACAGAACAGAGGGAAAGAGAAAAGGGUUUGGAAAGUCGAAGAUUUUGUGGAAGUUCUUGUGAAUAAAACAAUGGAAGAUUAUGGUGGUAAAACAACAUCAAUUUCAUUGCUAGAGGAGUCGCCAGUUUCGGUUGGAACGGGAAGUAGAGCUUCGACGGUUCAAACGCUUGCCAACAUCGUCGUUUCGAUUGUGGGCACCGGGGUUUUGGGUCUUCCUUUUGCUUUCCGAAUUGCCGGUUGGCUUGCUGGCUCGAUUGGUGUUAUGGUUGCUGGACUCGCCUCCUACUAUUGCAUGCUCCUCCUGGUGAAGUGUAGGGACAAGUUAGCAUCGGAAGAAGAAAAUGAUGGUGAUUCAGACACAGAUUCGCCAAACACUAAAACGUAUGGAGAUUUGGGUUAUGAAAGCAUGGGAACGACAGGUCGUUUUAUAGCUGAAUCCCUUAUUUUCAUUGCCCAAUGUGGAGGCUCUGUGGCUUACCUUGUUUUCAUUGGACAAAACCUUCAAUCAGUUUCCAAAGGGCAUCUCACUUUCUCUUAUUACAUACUUUUAUUGGUCCCAAUCGAAAUUGGGUUGUCAUGGAUUAGGAGCUUGUCUUCUUUAGCACCUUUCAGUAUAUUUGCUGACAUUUGUAAUGUGUUGGCUAUGGGGAUUGUGAUUAAGGAAGAUGUACAACAAGCUUUAAACGGUGAGUUCUCCUUUAAUGACAGAACAGCCAUAACAUCAAAUAUAAGUGGGUUGCCUUUUGCUGCUGGCAUGGCAGUUUUUUGCUUUGAGGGAUUUGGGAUGACAUUGGCAUUGGAGGGUUCAAUGAGAGACAAAACUACAUUCCCAAAAUUGCUUGCUCGGGCGUUUUCUGUGAUAACCCUUUUGUAUGUUUUGUUUGGAUUCUUUGGUUACAUGGCUUAUGGUGAUGAAACAAAAGACAUUGUUACUCUUAACCUUCCUAGAAAUUGGUGGGCACUAGCGGUUCAGAUUGGCAUGUGUUUGGGGCUUAUAUUCACAUUUCCAAUCAUGGUCCAUCCCAUUAACGAGAUCAUCGAGGGACGGUUGAAAAAUAACAAAUGGUUUCAAAAGGCUGACAACAACAAUGGUAGUUAUUCAACUACAAGAAUAGGAAAGUUUGGGAAGUAUGUGAGCCGUGCAAUUUUGGUUAUUGGGUUAGCGGUGUUGGCCUCAUUUGUGCCGGCCUUCAGUGUUUUUGCCUCAUUUGUCGGGAGUACAGUAUGUGCACUCAUCUCAUUUGUUUUGCCAUCUAUAUUUCACCUAAAAUUGUUGGGUUCUUCUCUAAAUUUCUGGCAGAGAGCACUGGAUUGGUUUAUCCUAUCAUGUGGGGUACUUUUUGCUGCAUAUGGUACUUACAACACCAUAGUUGGUGUGUGAUUGGUUUCCCGAAAAUUCGCACCAGAAAUGUACUUUAUAUUGAACUCAAUGAGUAAAUCACUGGUUAUACUUGAAAUGGAUACACAUGGAUGAUUGCAGCCUAUUCAAACUGUCAUACAAGCAGAACAAUGUAAUUUUUUUCAUAUUGAAUUAUGCUAGGGACAGUCACCACAACAGUAUUUCAAGAUGCCGGGAUUCAACAACAGGAAUUAUACCAUGGCAACUGAAAUGCUUUUGUAUCAAACUCAAAUUCUCAACUAUCGCCGGGAUUCCUCAAGUCCCUCCCUAAAACUCGUGUUUACUCGAUGAUCAAGCUCUUGUAAUUUUUUUAAUACUACUUCAGCUGUUCAAUCAAAGCUUGUUCACUUUGGUUGAGAAAUGACAAGUUUAAAGGUAAUGAAAAUACAGCUUACCUUAUCUAAGAGGAUCAUGAUAACAGUUAGUUGUUGUGCGGUCAAUUUCUCAUUACAUAGUUUUCAGUUUGUUCCA